AUGCAUUCUAGAUCUAUCGCCCUGAUCUUAUCCCUGCUGGCUGCCUCAGCCCAGGCUACAACCUAUUCUCUCGUCGACACAUUCGACUCCACCAACUUCUUCUCCACAUUCGACUUCUUUUCCAGCUCGGACCCCACCAAUGGCUUCGUCACAUAUACCACAGCCUCCGAAGCCAGCGGCAGCGGCCUUGCCGGCUAUGUCAACGACAUGGUCUACCUCGGCGUUGACCACACCACCGUUGACCCCACCAGCGGUCGGGAGUCUACCCGGGUAACUAGCCAGAGCUCCUACACCAAGGGCCUCUUCGUAGCCGACAUUGUCCACAUGCCCGUCGGCUGCGGCGUCUGGCCCGCCUUGUGGACGUUGGGCCCCAAUUGGCCCAGCGGCGGUGAGAUCGACAUCAUCGAGGGAGUCAACAGCCAGACCACCGACGAGAUCACGCUGCACACAGCCUCGGGCUGCACCAUGAGCAACACAGGCUCAUCAUCCGCCACCAAAUUCACCACUGGUACUGAAACUGUCGAUUGUGGCUCCGAUGACGGCUAUGAUGGCUGUGCACAAUCCACCACGGACACCAACAACUACGGUACCGGCUUCAAUGACAAUGGCGGCGGUGUGUAUGCCAUGGAGUGGACGUCCGACUUCAUUUCCGUGUGGUUCUUUUCCCGCUCCAGCUCCAUAGCAUCGACCCUUACCAGCGGCUCCGCUUCCCCCGAUAGCUCCACAUUUGGCACUCCGACCGCCCGCUUCUCUGGCUGCGACAUCGACUCGUUCUUCUCUGAUCACCAGAUUGUCAUCAACACAGAUCUCUGUGGCGACUGGGCCGGAAACGUGUGGAGCGAGGAUGCAACCUGCUCGGCAAAGGCGAGCACCUGUACCACAUACGUCCAGCAGAACCCCGAAGCCUUCACGGAAGCCUACUGGUUGAUCAACAGCAUCAAGGUCUACCAGCAGUCGUCCAGUUCCAAGCGUGAGGCAGCGCUGCAGACGCCAGUGAAGCCAGUUCCCUUUAUGGCAUAA